UAUACAGACAUAUGCAGCGCGAUGUGUACGGCGGUAAAUCGCAAGCUUCGGCCAUUUUGACGAACUGGAGUCGAAAUUCACCGAUCGUUAUAACUGUAAUAUUACACCUUAUUUACGUUGCCGAGGCUCAGUUUAAGAUUUCAGAUGAUUGCAUGUAAUUCGAAGUUAUAAUUUUGCAUUUUUAAAAGAUCAAAUCUUGCGGAAUUGUACCCAAACGAUGGAAACCACGGAAGCGUGCGAAGUGAGUGAAGUGUCCGUCGGCAUUGCCGAAGCUGGCAAUAUAGACAUCCACAACGUUGCCGAGGAGUUACCGAGUGCCGCCGACGACUCGGAAUUUAACCCCGCCACAGCAGAUCACUCGAAUGAAAACAGUGGUGAUGGGCAUGACGAAGAAGAAAUCACGAAUUCUUCCGUCACAGACGAGGUUUUCCAUCCUCAUGCACCGGUGCAUCCUGUGGGGAUUUUGACCACAGUACGGGCCGGUGGUCGGGCCACACGGCUGGUUGCGAUCGUCCAGCAGCCGGACUCGCACGCGCACCACGCACACCUUGUGGACGGCCUGAAGACCCCGGCUACGCCGUGCACUCCCGGGACACCAUCGGGCGACAAGCGGCACUACGCUUGGGAUGAGCUGUUGCACUCUCCGAACGGCGUGCUCCCAGUCCGAUGCAGAAAUGUCAGCGCUGAAUUGCAUAAAAACAAACUUGGAUCUGGGGGCAAGGGGCGCUGCAUCAAAUACCAGGACAGCUGGUACACCCCCUCCGAGUUUGAGAGCUACUGCGGGAGAGGCAACAGCAAAGAUUGGAAGAGGAGCAUUCGCUACGGCGGCCGGACCCUGAAUUGCCUGAUAGAAGAAGGGAUACUGACACCCCACGCUGCCUCCUGUACGUGUGGGGCCUGCUGUGAUGAUGAAUCAGUGGAGUCUUCCCAAUCCGGCCCAGUGCGGCUCUUUGUACCGUACAGAAGACGCAAAAGAAACGAGAGCGAAAGUCUCCCACCAACACCCACCUUGAAGAGGAAAAUGAAACUCAAAGACGCUCCGGAUGAAGCCCGUUCCAUUAGCCUAGACAGCACUGCCAGUCAGUUGGAUGUCACCGGUGCUAACCUAGUCCUCAGUCCAAUGCCCCCUGGCACCCCCAAGGCACCGGUCACCUCGGACCUUGAACACGAACACUGGUGGCAUUUGGAAGAGAUGGCCAACCAGAUGGCCCAGAGCGUUCAGCAGUUGAAGACGAUGAUUGAGCAGGCUAAAGCACAAUCGCAAACCAACAAGGACAACGCCAUCCUGCACACCAAGAUUGUGUUGGAUGCCGAAAAAAAGGAGGCACUUUCCCAAGCUCGUCUGGAAGCCCAGAUGCAGUUUUCCCGAGCAUUGAUGGAAGCCAAGGCGGAGAAGGACAGCGCAGUAGCUCAGGCCCUGGCUCAGGCUAGGGCCGAGAAGAUGGAAGCUGUGGCCAAUGCCAAGACCUCACAUCUCAUCAAGGCUUGUGUGAACUGUGGGCGGGAAGCCCUUCUCGAGUGCAUGGGCUGCCAACUGGUGUCCUACUGCAGCAGUUUCUGCCAGCGUAAGGACUGGGCCGCCCACCAGCACAACUGCGGACAGCAUGGGCUGCUGGCCGCCAGCCCAAUAGAACACCAGGAGGCUCAUGAAGACGAGGAUACGUCUAUGGAGCACAAGAAGGAUUCUGACGAAUAGCGACAGAACGAAAAAGUUCUCCAGUCUGAAGCUGCCAUACUUUGAACCAGCAUUGUAGUCCAGUCCAUCAAAAGUUCUCCUAAGUCCAUCACAAGUCAUCCAGUGCCAUUUCAAGUCACAAGCUAUUCAGAUUAAAGGUAGAGUAUAUCAUUUGAAGCUAUCCAAAAAGUAACCAACAAAAUUGUUGUUGAAAAGCUUACUUGGUUUCAAGAUAGUAAUGGCACCAAACUUCCUGUGAAAUUAUUCAUUCUGGCAUGCUGUCAUUUAGAAGAAAACAAUAAAAGAUGGCCCUUUCUAAAGAUGUGUCUACAGACGCACUUUUGGAAAUUUCCAUUAGUAGUUUGAUUUUAAUUCGGCAAAGCCGUGAAUGGGUGCACGCGC